AUGCAUCUCCUUGACAGCUUGCCGAAUAACAUGCGUGCUGACUAUCCUUGGACAGCGACCCCGCUCAUCGUAUCGGCACCCAUGGCCAAAGUCGCCAUGCCCAAACUUGCCGUGACUGUCUCCAAGGUCGGGGGUUUAGGGUUUAUUGCAGCAGGAUAUCACAGCGACCAUCUUGAGGACCUGCUGGAGGAAGCCGAAGAUCUGCUCGAGGAAGAAGCCGCAGAUGCUCGAGUGGAGAGUGAGAGAGCCAUUCCGAAGUUCCUACCUAUCGGAGUGGGUUUCAUAACUUGGAGUGCCUCCUUAGACAAGGCACUCCCCUGUUUUUCCAGAUACUGCCCUGCUGCUGUUUGGCUAUUUGCUCCACCAAACGGCUUUCAGGACCUUAUUCCCUGGGCCACCAAAAUCAGAGGGGCCACCUCGUCGAGGACCAAGAUCUGGGUGCAAGUCGGCUCUGUGUCCGAUGCCGUUGAGGUAGUCGAGGCAGUCGAUCCGGAUGUCAUCGUGGUCCAGGGACUUGACGCUGGCGGGCAUUCACUAGCCCGAGGAGCCAGCAUUAUUUCUCUAUUGCCAGAAAUCAACGACAAACUUCGGGAGCUUCGCCCUUACCCUCAGAAGCGAGCUGAUGUUCUAGCUGCCGGUGGAAUCAGUGACAGUCGAGGUGUCGUCGCGGCUAUGGCUCUUGGUGCCCAGGGUUGUGUUCUCGGAACUCGUUUUCUCGCGAGUCCCGAAUCCAUGAUCGCUCGUGGCUAUCAAAAGGCAAUUAUAGAUGCCGCGGAUGGAGGCAUUAGUACCGUUCGGACAACUAUUUAUGACAAAGUUCGCGACAUUCAUGGCUGGCCAGAGGGCUACGAUGGCCGUGGUCUGAUAAACAAGACCUUCCUUGAUCAUCUUGGUGGUAUGUGUGAAGUCAAAAAUCGCGAACUCUACCGUGAAGAGUUGAAUCGAGGAGACGAGGGAUACAGACCAAAUGGGAGACUUACCACAUAUGCCGGGACCGGGGUUGGGCUCAUCAGGGAACUAAUCCCCGCCGGGGACAUCGUCAAGUCUUUGCGUGAAGGUGCUCGCAACAUUCUGUCUGGGCAGCAUCAAUCCAAACUUUAG